AUGAAUACUAGUUCUGUUCCAACCCAACCUCCCCUCAAGAAGAGAAAAAACAUGAACGGCGCUGCCACUAUUACGCCUCCCUCCCCUACGCAUAGCGCUGAGAGCAGAGAUCAGGACGAGCAGCCGCGUGAGGCAGAAGCUGCCCCAGUGAAACGCGGGCCAACCACUGGUGUAAUCCUCAGGAGCGGAAGGAUUCGACUUCCCGACAAGUUGAUGCAGUAUCUCAACAAUGGCGUGGCUCCGGCCUCCUUGUUCUGGCAGCCUGAUGGACAAGGCUUCUCCAUUGACUGCGAAAAAGUUCAGAAGGAUCUCUUGGACAAGUACUUUCAUGGCACCAAGUUGUCCUCCUUUCUACGCAGCAUGAAUCGCUGGGGGUUCAAGAGAUUGUUCUAUCAUUCCAUGCCCAAGAGUACCCUGUCCUUUCAUCACCCCUUAUUUCGAAAAGACGAUCCUGAUCUCUCCAAGGAAAUGAACAUGGCUCCCUGCUCGUCAGGAACCAGCAGCGGAGCUGCUGCCAAAGAGUCCAAGAAAAGGGCUAGGGAAUCCGCUCCAGCUCCAGCCGCGGCUCCCCAGGAACCUCCCGUCGCUGCCCAUGUUGCCUCGGCUCCUGUAGCUCCAGCUCCAGCUCCAGCCCCUGUUGCAGCUGUUGCUUCGACGGUUCAGGCCGCUCCUGCGAUGCCUGCUGCAGUUGCCGUGACCACGACGAAUGCGAACCCAGGAACAGACUUGGCUUUGGCCAUUUUGCAGCAGAAGCAGCAGCAAAGCGCUUCUACCAAUGGAUUAUUCGCUACUGCGGGUACGCAGGCUAUCCCCAGCAAUGUGGAUCUUUCCGCGAUACUACAGAUCGCCCAGGCGCAAGGUAUGGCCUUGCAGCAGCCACAGCAACCGGUACAAUUGCACUUGCAGCUCCCUUCGACUCCCCAACAGCAAGCAUCGCAGGCGCAACUCCAACUUCAGCAACUCCCAGCUACACUUUUGGAGCUAUCGCGGUCCAACCCGGACGUUCAGGCGGCAUCUUCCCCGCAAUUGGCUACGUUGGCCUCGGCCAUUGCAGCUGGCAACCGAUUGAAUACUGCUGCUGCUGCUCCACCAGCAAGCACGCAACAGCAGUUGCAGAAUUUGACACCGCAGCAGCUAGCACUACUUGCCCAGCUUUCGAACAAUGCCACUGCUACCUCUGGAAACCGGGUGUAA